UUUUAUUUAAUGUUAAUGUUUUGAUUGACACACUUUCAUGUGAUUUGUUUUACUUGUAAAGUGUAAAGUACCAUAAAAGAACAUUGUGUCUGUGGUUAAUGAGUAAAUAAAAUACCACAAUGAACAAUAGAAGUGCAGCAGGUCUGCGUCGUUCAGCCAUAGCGGCGCGUAUUCGGAUAAGAAAAGAAUGGUCAGAGCUAAAAGGCCAUGAUGAGCCCACAAAAACGGUUAAUCGAAUCCCAGAAAUUAUACGGAAACAACAGAAGCCAGUGCGAAGCGCCAGCAAGCUUGUAGCCCAGAAAGUUAAAUUCACAAAAAACAACACUAGUCCUAAAGUUUUAAAGAAACGGUAUGAAAAUAUCAUGUCAAAUGUACCAAUAUCAGAUAGGAACAUGGAAGUGGGUGCGGAGGCGCUCGCAGGGGUGGUAGUGCUAGUUGAUGUGGGGAAGGAGACUCGGGCACUGGCCCUUAGGGCUGCUCUGAUGGCACUGGGAGCCACGGUGGUGCCGGCUUGGAGCCCCUUUGUGACGCAUCUUGUGUGGACUCAGGGUGGUUGCCGCGACACUCGCGCCAAAGCCCGCGCCUUGGCCUGUCGUCUGGUAUCGCCGCUGUGGGUGGAGGCCUGCGCUUCUUGUGGACGUCGGGUUACCGAAUCUGCCUUUCCUGCUGCUGCGAGGGCUAGUGAUCUACCCUCUCCUCGAGCAUUGAGGAUCAUGCUGAAAAGAGCCGAAGCAGAGAACAUACCUCUAGCAGACCUACUCAACAACAAGGAACCAAAUAACAACCCCAAAGAGCAAAGACUAAGGAUAUCCAGCGAAACGGAACAGGAUACUACAGCAGACACGUCUACUGACCACGACACCUCCACAGACAAGGAUACGUCGCAUGAUCGCUCCAAGGAUAGCACAGACCCGACAAUUCGUGUGAACACGUUGCCCCGCGGCGGGGCAGCAAAGAUGGCGACAGUGGAGACGCCGGCGCAACCGCCCAAGUCUCGACGGAAACUGUUCACGCAGAAGGAGGCGCAGGAUCUGACUGAAGAUGACGAUGACACCCCCGCCGUCCCAAAGCGCACGCCCUCCAAGCUAACUGUGCGCGAGCGCAAAGAUCUCGCGCGCGCAGAACGCAUGGCGCGCCGCAUGCUGGGCAACACCACGCCUGCGAAAACAAUCACGCAACAGAUAUUGUCUCAAACCAAGUCUCCAACAAUUGUACUGACAGGAAUGUCACGCACCGAGCGGCAAGCCAUACAAACCGCCAUAAAAUCCCUCAACGGCCGAGUCCAGAAACAUGUCAAUCCUCAUACCACCCACGUCGUACUAGGUUCCUGCGUCUCCGACCGAAACGACCCCACCGGCAUACAACCGCUGGACCAAAGUCACUGUUCCAAAAUAAAUACUAGAUGUCAAACACCUAGUACAAAUACUAGGUCUGAAAUAUCGAGUAUAAAUACUAGGUCUGAAAUACCAAGUAUAAAUACUAGGUCUGAAAUACCAAGUACAAAUACUAGGUCUGAAAUACCAAGUACGAAUACUAGGUAUGGAAUACCGAGUAUGAGUCAGCGGUGCGGGGUGGAAAAGGCGCGUACGUUGAAUGCGUUACUAGGGGCGGCGAGGGGAUGUAGGGUGGUGUACUCGCAAUGGGUGACGGAUUCUGUGGAGGUGAAGAAAUGGGUGCACCAUCAUGGAUAUGAGGUGUCGCAUUUGAGGAAGAUUUCACAGAAAGCCCGCGUGGAACGCUCCGCGCUCGGCCGAACAUGCUCCGAUUACGCUUACGACGUUUUCCGCGGCAUGCGAGUCCGUAUAUCCCCUCACACUGAGCAAAAAGACGCAGCCAUACAACUGUUAAUACUCUGUGGUGGUGUUGUACAAGAUGGUGGACAAUUCCAAGAUGGCGGCGGUUCACAAGAUGGCGGAACGCAAACGGUUGACUUUGACGUUUGCGUGGGGAAUGGGGAGGGUGAAGUGAGCUCGAAGUGGGUGUUUGAUAGUGUAGCGGCCGGUAGAAUGAGGACUACUAGGAGAUACGUGAACUACGGUGUCGAAAAUGCGAGAUGAAGAAGUUGAGUUGCGGUUUUGUGUGUUAGUUCUAUGUAACAAAGUUAUAAAUAAUAAAAAUGGCCAUGUUAUGACGUAAUACGCGGCAUUCGAAUCCGUAUGUGAUCUUAAACUUAACGAAAAGACGCUGCUAUACAACUGUUAUAAGUUAUAACUCUCUGUGGUAGCGUGGUUAAAGAUGGUAGACAAUUCCAUGAUGGCGGCGGUUUACAAGAUGGCGGAACGCAAACGGCUGACUUUGACGUUUGCGUGGGGAAUGGCGAGGGUGAAGUGAGCUCGAAGUGGGUGUUUGAUAAUUGAUAGUGUAGCGGCCGGUAGAAUUAGGUCGAGAGGAGGAGAGGAUGAGAUAUAAAAUACUAGGUGUAUGGUCUAGGUACUUCAAUUUAUGGUAGCGCCGCCUAUUUACUGUUUUUUCAUGUGCAUUUUUCAUAUAUAGAGAUUGACAAAUCCUGUCUAUACCAUCUAUAGACGAAACGCUUCAUACAAAUGACAGACGUCAGCAUGUAACGUCGCUAUCGCCUAAAAGAGUUAGAAGCCGUGGAAAACAAGAAAAUUGCGAUUUUGUCGGUGAAAUAUUGCGUUUAUGUACAUUGUUGCCAUACAAUUUUUUUUUUAUAAAAUGUAAGGAAUCGAAUGGUACCAUUAUUUUUUUCAUACUAAUGUAUUUAUUAAUUAAACGCACAUAUUUUUUAAGUUUCCAAUUUAUUGUGAUAAAUUGAUCAUUUUCUAUCUAUUUAACUAGAUUUAGGUAUAAAAUUCCAGUUAGCCAAAUAUUGUAACAAUAGCUUCUUAGAGCGGUAGGUGAUAAGUUGAUAAUGAUAAUCUUGUUUUUGUUCCAGUCAUUUUCAAGAUCUUUUUUCAUGUUACGAGUAGGUAUUAAGCAUUAUAACGUUAUUUAAAAGAAGUCAAUAACUUAUUUAUUUUGUAAAUAUAACAAAGGCUAUUUUUAUUUCAUAAAAUAUGAUGAAAUUUUGUAACUUUAAAAGGGAAAAGCUCGUUUUGUUUUUAUUAUUUGGUUUUUAUUUAUUAUAAAGUGAAAUUAGCA